GUCCCAAUCAAAUUUAUUUAAAUGGAGUUUAAAAAAUGAUGAUAAAUGUAAUCUUUGUUUACUUAAGGGAACAAUUAUGCAUAUGUUGAUAAAAUGUGAGAAUAUAAAACCCCUAUGGAAAAUGGUAGAAGACACAAGUACAGGUCUGUGUUAAUGAAAAUAUAGUAAUUUUAGGUUGGAAUAUACAAGAACCGAAAUACUGGUUAAUUAAUAUCAUUUUGAAUUUUACUCAAUACACUAUUUACAGAAAUUAUAUUGAAACGAGUAUGAAAAAAGGUUAUUACUUUGUUAAUGUAAAUAGAUUAUGGAUGAAUUUGAAAAUGAAACUGAGAUGGUAUUUAAGUUCAAAAUAUGUUACCAAAAAUAAGAAUACAAAAGAAAUUGACAAAUUGCUGGAACUCAUUUAUUGAUUGAUUGAUUUGAUUACUGUAUAUACUUUGUGAUUUGUAAACUGUAUUAUAGAGAUGUAAAUAAAGUCCCUCGAAAGAGGUUUAAAGAGAGAAAAAAUACUCUUAAAAAAAUUAGCAUUCUACUAGCUAUGAGUUAAAGACAAAAACGUACACAAAAACAAAUUUAGGGCAAAUUUCAUACGCUUAUGUGCAUAAUUAAGUAAUAAAAAUAUAAACUUUUUUUAGAAAAUGUUAUUAUUACAGUCUUGUAGUUUACAUCCGGCUCUGCGCGAGCAAAUUUUCGCGCCGAUCGCGCAAUCAGCGGCCGAGAUUUGAGGGAGGGGGGGGGGGGGUGUCAAAUUGACCCCCAGUGUCUCCUGGUCUGAAAUAGCCCAGUUAAAGUAGGGUUAAACACCUCAGAAUAGUCAGCUUCGUCCAACACGUAAGGAUGAGAUUCUCUAGGGACACCAAAUGGUGUCGAUUUAGACACCGUAAUUUUUUUAAUUGUGCAUAGUUGUAACUUGCUUCAGAGGAUUCCAUAUCCAUCCCACGUGAAAUAAAAAAAUAUUUACUUAUUCUCAGAGUAAAAGUUAAAAUGUUUUGAUAAUUUAAACAUAAUAAAACAGACAACUUGGGUGAAUUAUUGACAUAAUUUCAAAAAAAAAAGGUGGCCAACUAAUGGUUUUAGAAUACUUUUUAAUAAUUCCUUUUAAUUAUCCAAAACGUCAAAAUGUCUAAACUUUCUAUUUUCUUUCCGAUGGAUCAAUACCCCAUACGUUGCUUGUUUAAUAUUAUAAUAUUGGUUUAAGAGAAAAAAAAUCUCAAUUAAGUUCAUUUAUGACUCAGUUCAUUGUUCGGUGCCCCCAACUGUUAUUUUCCCCUAAACAAUGUGAUUAGUGGGGUGAGUCACAAACAACUGGGGUUUUCUUGACACGGACAAUAAAGAUAAUGAUAAUUACAGACAGGACACUUCACAAUGGGCUGGAUACUGCGCGUCAGAAAUUUGGCAGACCACGCCAAAGGGGCACCCCAGUUAUAAUCCCUUUCCGGAAUAUAUAUAUACAAUUGUACAAAUUUAUUAAACAAACGUUGAUUGUUCAAAAGAAUCAAUCGUUGACCCAAGGGAGAAAGACAUUGUUCAUAUUUAAGCUGGACACAGUAAUACAAUCAGCAGUUCUAUUGUCCAUGCCUGGCAGAAAAAUACUCCAUCGAGUCUAUACUCAAUACAUCGCCGUCUCAACGAGUUUAAAUUUUUACGAAAAUUAUAUCAGCUCAUUAUAAAUGCGUUAUGGUUUAGUGAUACGGGAAUAAUUUUGCAACAUAUAAACAGGAGUACACUAUCGGUCAGAUCAUCUUCAUCUUAUUUCGAGUGCGACCAGGAGUAUAAAAAGCUGGAAUUUUCAAAAUGAAUUUGAAGAUCAAAUGUAUCUUCCAAGCAGUGCUGAGCCUUGCUACCAUGUGGCAUACGAUCAAAGCACAGGGUCUGAAUCCCGAGAGGGGUGUCACCUUUCACCUCCGCGCCGUCUGCGCCCCCUACCAACUCGAACUCGCCAAGAACGGCCACAACUCCUGCGACAACAAGGUGAUUGACGAGAUGCAUGAUUACGCAGAGAACGUGUACCUGCAGGGGUACAACCGGGAGCUGGUGGAGGAGUACCUGAAGCUGUCUCAGACCGGUAAACUUUGUUACUCAGAGGGUAUGAGGACACACCAGAUCACCGGAAGUUGUGAUUGCAUGAACAAGGUCUGCGAUCGUCACGACCCGAAGAAAGUCGACUACUGUAACAAUAUUGUCCUAUCGCCAUUUACACCUUCUAUGAACACAUCGUCAGCAUAUGACUGCUGGGGUUUCAGCUGUCUUGGUAAAGGCUCACCGGGACUCAUCUCCGGUGCGCAGACGAUCUAUGCGCAACCCGUGAUGUUGGCGGUAUCCGUUGCCAUGGCAACCGCCGGAGUGUUCAUGCCUUCAUUGCUUUGGUAUCAUCUACGAGUAUGACGUAACUGAUAGACUUUGAUAUAAUUGGAUAUUAUUGGUCAAUACACAAAAUAGUGGUAAUUUUACUCCAAUUUGAUUACUCUUCACACUUAAGAUGUUGGGCAACAUACUGUCCACUGUGUUGGGUAAUGUAUGUUGGUAAAGAAAAAAAAUAUAUAUUCUGGGCAAUUAUUAUCCAAUUGAGCAAAUUCAUUACCCAAUUAUUAGUUUUUAUUAUCCAAUUUGACAGAUUUUAACUAAUAGUUGUGUGGACAGUGUGUUGCCCAGGGUUGGUUAAAAGUUGGGCAUUUUUUGCCUAACUAUUUUAAGAAUGUUUAGAUGUUCUGAUGACAUUAGAGUUGUAGGUUUGAAACAAAAUGAAACAAAAGUAAAAACGAAGAGACGUUUCAAGUCUAUCUGCCCUCAAAUCGGUUCCUCACAAUGCCUUGCACGAGGAAACCCUGUAUGCUUCCAAGCAACAGGCAGGUGUAUGGCGUGUUUUAUUCUGACAGAAAUCGAUGGAAUCGCCUUUAGGAGAUUUUUUACUACAAAAUACAACACGAAUUAAUCUAAAGAUGUGUAAAUGGUGGUAGUAUACGACAUACCCUUGAAACAGCCCCCUAUAUUUUAUUUUGUAAGAACUCAACGGGGAUUUAAAGUGGAAAAUAUCUGACCGAGACACGAGUCACUUCCGCUUUGUCUCCAGAUUAUGGACCAAUUAUUAAAAGUUGCUGACGCGAUUACUUGGCAAAAUAUUUGAUAUUUUAAAUUAAAAACAACAAUUUAUUACAUAUUUUCCAUGCAUUUUUUUUAAUUUCAGAUAUGUAAAGUCUAUACACUAUUUCUUCAUUAAGCCAUGCUUUUUAAAGACACUGCCAUGAAUGAUUUUUUGCUUGAUUAUAGUUAUCAUUGACCCAAAUUUCAAUACACAUCAAUUCCUUCAUUAAAUAUACCAUUAUAAAGACAAUGACUUCCAUUGAUGAACGUAUCAUUUCAUACAGGCGUACUCUUCAAAUCUAUUUCAUAGAGUAAUAUUUUCUUUUAUGAGUUUCUAUCGUGCCGAUAUUACCCAUAUGAAUUUUUUUUUAUUUCUGUAAAUACCGAGUAUGUCGAUCUUUG